AUGACUUCUUUCUCCUUGCUUCUAGGGCCAUUUGCCUCGCUGCUGCCGCCCAAUGAAAACAAGAUCAUGGGGAAUCAAACCGUGCCAACUGAAUUCAUCCUUCUGGGAUUUUAUAACAUCCAGAGGUUACGUUACCUGCUGUCUUUGGUCAUCUCCAUCAUCUACAUUUUCAUCCUCUUGGGGAACAGUCUCAUCGUCUUCCUCUCCGUGGUGGAACCACGUCUCCAAACCCCCAUGUACUUCUUCCUCGGAAACCUCUACCUCCUAGAUGUCUGCCAGACUACCACCACUGUCCCCCAGAUGCUGGUGCACUUGCUGUCAGGCAGGAGCAGUAUCUCGUAUGAAAGGUGCGUGGCACAACUCUACUUCUUCCUCUUCUUUGUGGGUGCUGAGUGCGUCCUGUUGGCUAGCAUGGCUUACGACCGCUACAUGGCCAUAUGCAACCCCCUACACUACACACGACUCAUGAAUAGGACAUUUUGCCUGCUGCUGGCAUCUGUCUCCUGGCUGAGUGGCGCCCUCAAUGCAGCCGUGCACACAUCCCUGACCAUCCGCCUGCCUUUCUGCGAGGCCACUGGGAUCAACUACUUCUACUGUGACAUCCCACCCUUGCUGGCCCUCUCCUGCGGAGACAUCUCAUUCAAUGUCACCAUGAUACUGGUCUCUAGCAUCUUCAUGGGGUGGAGCCCCUCCCUGUGCAUUGGACUUUCAUAUGGGUGCAUUGUUUGGAGGAUACUGAAGAUACAUUCUCCCGAGGGGAGGAGCAAGGCAUUCUCCACCUGCGCGUCACACCUCACUGCCGUCCUGCUCUACUACGGAAGCAGUAUCUUCACCUACAUCAGACCCCUGUCUAGCUACUCACUGGAUAACGACAGGCUAAUCUCCCUGCUCUACAGUAUUGUCACCCCUAUGUUAAACCCACUGAUCUACACGCUGAGGAACAAGGAUGUGAAGAGGGCCAUGAAAAAGGCACUGGUGAGGAAAAUGUUCUUCUAA